AGUCGCGCCGCUGUGGAAUGGAAACCGCUGAUAAACCUCAUGUCAGUGCGAAAACAGUACUUACUAUUCCACAUAUUCCUAGGCUUUUUUGCACAAGCAGCUCUUGCAUGUAACCUGCGCACGAAGAUUACUUUUGUCUCAUUAGUUUUAUCCGUUGGUCGUCGGUGCUUAUUUCUGUUCUCAUGUCAAUGCAUUUAUAAAGCUACCAUAUAAUAAGGGUAUCCAGUGCGUAUUAUCCUUAUGUAGGCUAUAACGCAUUAUAACAUGAUUUUUUUAUAUUAAGUAUUACAGAUGUGUGCGAUAAAACUGCAGUGUAUUUCCAUUUAUGUGCAGUUAAGAGUUCAAACGCAAUUAUACAAAUCAGACAUCAAAGCUCGCUAUAUAGCUAUAUAGAUAGAAAUUCAGUGAGAUGAAGCGAGAGAGGGGAGAGUGAGAAAGCGGCCGAGUAGAUAAUACCUAUAUAAAACCGAGACAACUCGGAGCAGUAGCUCAUUCGCGACCGAGUCGUCAACGGAGAAAGACGCCUGCAAGCAAAUCCAUAAGCCUGUUAAGAAAUUUAAUACAGCAGGCGCAUUUCGAUCUUGAUUCUUGAGCUUGGCUGUUGAUCAGCUUUCGUGAGAAAUCCCAAACGCAGUAAAUAGAUUUACACACGUGGGUUUGUGUGUUUGUGAGAGCGUGCGUUGUAAGUGAUAAUACAAAGGUAGCGUGCGACUUAACAAGUGCAAAAAUAAGUGACUUUAUAGGCAUCUAUUUGUUAUCGAUUCAGCGAAUUGCCGAAUUAAGUAGGUAUAAUAAGUGCGCGUUAGAACGAUCAACAAUAGCGGCUGGACAACCAUGGCGGAGUUUUUAGUUGACAGCAGCGAGAGCACGACCGAGCUGAAGACUAAUGGCAAGGUCGAAAAUGGUUUAAGCGAUAGCAACGAGGCAGUUGAAAGCGUGCAGUUCUUUGAGGGUGUCGAAAAAUUGCUGGAGAUUUGGUUUACUAGCACUGACGGCAAUAACAGCAAACGAGAUCUUAGACAGAUUCCCCGCCAAAAAUGGGAGUCACUUUUAAAAAUAGUUCGCUGUGAGAUUAUCAGUUUCUGUCGAAACGAUGUGGUUGAUGCUUACGUACUAAGCGAGAGCAGUAUGUUUGUGUCCAAGCGGAGGCUCAUCUUAAAAACUUGCGGUACUACAACACCACUACAAUGCCUGGAGCCUUUGUUGGAUCUUGUUGAAAGUUACACUGGUUUCGAUAAAGUAGAGGAUCUAUUUUACUCACGAAAGAACUACAAACGUCCGGAACUGCAAAUGUCUCCACAUCAUGCCUUCGAAGUGGAAGUAACGUUACUAGACACUUUCUUUCCUGAUGGCGAAGCUUACUGCUUGGGCUCGGAAGACAACGACUGCUGGUAUUUAUACACGCUGAAUCGUGAGAAGCCAAAGUCGCAGUUACAGAAUGGCUGUGAGCCUGACCAAACGCUUGAAAUUCUGAUGACGAAUCUUGACCCUGAUGUCAUGGCAAUCUUCACUCGUGAAAUUUGCUCCUCCGCUUCGGAAGCAACUCACAAAUCCGGCAUUGAUAUGCUUAUACCUAACAUGUUCAUAGAUGACUUUCUCUUCGAACCUUGCGGAUACUCAAUGAAUGGUGUCUCAAAAAGUGGAAGCUAUAUGACUAUCCAUAUAACACCGGAGCCGGAUUUUUCAUAUGUCUCCUUCGAAUCCAACAUUCCUGAAGCCUCGUAUGGGGAGGUAAUCGAGCGCGUUUUGAGGACUUUUAAACCUGGGAAAUUCGUCGUCAGCAUCUUCGCCAACAAGGAAUCAGUGGCGGCAGACUGUCCACGCGAACUCGAACAGUCUGAUAAUUUCGGUUUUGAAGUGGACUAUGUGCGAAACGAUGUACAGUAUUGUCGCUUUAAAAACUACGACCUAACUUGCGCGUUCUACUCCAAAUUUCCAAGCUGAGGGUUCAUGGACGCCCCGUCGCCGGCAGACAUUGCUUGUUGCAGCAACUGCAGUGCCCAUGCCGCCGGCUUUGACGAGGCGAACACCCUUGCUUCCUCUUCCCUGCCCCUCUCCUCAUCCUCUCUACCACCUUCCUAUUAUUUGCAAACAUCUCCCCAACUUCUCACAAUUAACUUAAGUUUAUCCUCCUUUAAAGCUAAUGAUUCGCCCCUCUCAUAUUAUUCUUCAUAUUCAACGUCAAUGUCUUCACAAAAAUCUAGCCGGUCAACUUCAUCACCACAACUAAUGAGCGCUAAAACUCGAUCCAAAGUUUAUCGCAGAGCUUCUCUCAAAUCUCUAAAUAGCUUACCAGCUCUUAUUUUGCCACUUCACUCAAAAAUCAUUAAGCUUUCUAGUAGCGAUAACAACAACGAUAAAAUACCAGAAUGCAUGCAGAGCGCCAAAAUCAACUGCACGCUGCAUGGUAAAGAACGAUUGGAUCUCUUAAAGCCUAGCGCUUCUUGUCUUCAUCCUUCUCCAAUCUUUCAAAAUAACAGUAAUAACAUUGACAAAUAUGAUUACCAACGUAACCAAAAAGUUUAUCGCCAUCAUCGAUACCCCCAUCACGUUCAACACCAGCAACAUCUGCAUAAAAAUAAAGUAACAAAUGAAUCAGUCGUACAACAAGAUAACCAGACCAAACAACAAUCCAAGGUCAAAAGCUGUGCCGCCAACUUCUUACCUAUUCUUUCCUUUAUACCUCAUACAGUGAUAAGUUUUCAAUAUCCAACUCCCAAGAUAAAAUUCUCAUGGUGGAGAAACAAAAUAUCGUGAAGACACGCCUAGACAAACGAUUGUUGAAGACUGUUUUUCUAGAUUGGCUUCUUUUUUACUAAGAUGCUGUUAUAAAGGCUAAAUUUGUUGUUCACAUUAUAUCUUCCUGACCGGAUGAUCACUAUGAUUUUAUUAUUGGUUACCGUCUGUUCAAAUAAGGAACGUUAAUUUGUUUAUCGUUUCCUUCUAGUUCCUCAAUUUCUUACUGCUUUAUGAGAAUUGAUGUGAUGUUCACCCCGUUGCAUGAUUACUAAUUACAAAGCACAUAUACAUAUAUGUGUGUUAUUAUAUCAAGCAUGCGGCAAUAAAUGUAUGGAAAGAAGAAAGUUUAAAUAUAUAUGUUCUUUUGACGUAGAUUAUGUUUUUAAAUUGUAGGCAUAAAAUGUUAUCUAGCACGAUGUAGCGUCAAAUAUGUAAAUGAAGAAUUUUUUUAAAUGUAUUUACAUUGUCUAUUCAUUUGAGUAUAUGUAAACAGAAACAUAAUUAAAUGUCGCAUGAUAAAUCAGUAGAAAACACUGUAGUUCCUAUGUCAAUAAAAAAACUCAUUUUAAUAUUAUACA